AUGGCCACCAAUUUACCUUUACCCCCUGGUUGGGAGGCUAAAUUCGAUCGAAACACCGGAAAAUACUUUUUCAUAGAUCAUUCAACCAAGACAACUUCAUGGCAGGAUCCAAGAAUUGCUUAUUACGGCCCUCAAGCCUACCAACAGGCAGCAAUGCAAUACCAAAUGCAAAUGCAACAACAACAGCGACAAAGACCUCAAGUGCCAUCAUCUCAUCCGCAGUCUCAAACUGCUCAACAGUCCUCUCAAUUUCCUAGAGCAGCAGCAACACAAGCACAACCACCAAGGCCACCAGCAACUACUCCACAGCCGCCGGCAACUACUUCACAGCCACGGGCAACUACUCCACAGCCACGGGCAACUAUUCCACAGCCACCGACAGCUGCACCACCAAAGCCCACACAACCAGCGCCGUCGACCAGUCAAACUACCUCUAGCAACACGAUUGAAAUGACUACAUUAUCAUCAUCGCAAUCGCGGUCGACAUCGGUUACUCCUCAACAUGAGAGUACGCUUCAUGGGUCAAGGGAGACUGUUGCUACGUUGUCAGAUGAUGAUAAAGCACGAAUUACAAGAUUGAUGAAAAGUGAAUUUAAGGACGUUGACGAAAAUGUCGUUGUCACCGUUCUAAACAGCGCCAACUUUAAUGAACAGGAUACUAGAUUUGUUUUAAAAGAGCAACAAGACGAGGCGCGUAAAGAAAGAAAGAGAAAAGAGGAGGAACAACGUUUACGAAAAGAAAGAGAACAACGUGCUAAGAGAGAAGCAGAAGAGAAAUUGCGCAAGGAAAAAGAAGAACGUGCUCGUAAACAAAAGGAAGAUGCACGACGAACAGAACUUUUACAAAAAUUGCAGAAAGAGUUUAGAGGAAUCGACUCCACUGUUAUAACUGGCAUAUUAGACGCUGCAAACUAUGAUGAAACGAAAGCAACAACAAUACUUCGAGAACAAGAAAAUGAAAGAAAGAGAGAAGAACAAAGGCGGGCAGAGUCAGCAAAGAGGGCCGAAAGGGUUGCUCAAGUAAAUGCACGAAAGGAAGCGGAAGAAAAAAGUAGGAAAGAAAGGCAAGCUAAAGAGAAAGUUCUCGAAGAGCAAAGAGCAUCUGAUAAUUUAUCAGUUACUUUCCAAGGCGAAUUUAAAGAUAUAGAUGAAAAAAUAAUCGAAUCAACAAUUAAAUUCGUGGGCUAUGAUGAAAAGAAGGCUAGAGCAGCAUUAAAAGCUUACCGUGAUAGAAAUAAUACAACAACAUCUUCGGCUACAAGAUCACCACAGACAAGCACUACCCAAGCCAAAGUAGUAAAAACACUGAAAGGAAACAGACCUGACCAUAGCCUUAAUCAACCCGAAAGCAGUACCAGUGCUAGUACUGAAGCUAUAAGAAUGCCAAUUCCUCAGCCAGUGCCUUCUACAGCACCCAAACAAUCUAAUCUAGCUUCCAGAGAACCAGCACCCAGACAAAGUAAUCAAGCUUCCAGAGAAAGAUCUGCUAGAGUUUCGCCUACUGUACCUGUGGCCUCUAAAAAUAAAGUGCAAUACAAGUCGGCAAUAGCUUCUAUUCCAGUUGGCCCGCAACCCGAAUUUAGAAAAUCUGCAAAUCUAGACAAUCUAUCGAAAGAUCGUGUGAUUGUAGCCGGCCCUAGUAUUGAGAAUUGUAAUGGACCCCAAAAUAUUCACGCCGGUCCCUCUGUCGUUCCUUCUCAAAAGCAGACACCCAAAGCUUUUUUUGAUACGCAAAUGCUGAUUGAAUUUAUUUCAAAUUGCAAGGACCACAAUAUGAUCUCAGAAAAGGACCGAAUCUCUCCAUACGUACAGGUCCCGUCCAUUUCCAGGGUGUUCCACUUAAAAGUUAAACGAUGCUUGACAUUAGCUUCUUAUUCUGGAUUGAUUGAUUGGCGAGUUCUUUUAUCUUGA